AUGAGAGUGAAGAAGAAAAGAGAGAAGCCAGUGGUGGACUUUGAAAAAAUGGUGGUCGAGGAGGAGUCGCUCUAUGGAGGGGAGGUUGACACGACGUUGGCGGAUGAGAUUUCGAAAAAGGUGAGGGUCCUGUGUUGGGUGAUGACUCAACCGGAGAACCACGAGUCCAAGGCCAGGCACAUCAAGGCCACAUGGGGGAGGCGGUGUAAUGUCCUCCUCUUCAUGAGCUCGAAGAACGAUUCGUCGCUGCCGGCCAUUGCCCUUCCCGUGGGCGAAGGGAGGGAAUAUCUCUGGGAGAAGACCCGCGAGGCAUUUCGUUACAUCUACCUGCACCACUUCCAGGACGCCGAUUGGUUCUUCAAGGCCGACGAUGACACGUACGUGGUGGUGGAGAAUCUCCGCUUCAUGUUGCUCUCGUACGAGCCGAAGGAACCCGUUUACCUCGGCUGCAAGUUCCAACCAUACGCCAAGCACGGCUACAUGAGUGGAGGAGCCGGUUACGUGCUGAGCCGCGAGGCCCUGGACCGACUGGUGAACGGAGCCUUCCCCAAUCCCAUGACCUGCCCCCUCCUCCAAGGAGCCGAAGACAUCAACGUUGGGGUAUGUUUGGCGGCGGUCGGGGUGGAGGGCGGAGACUCGCGGGACGAGCAUGGUGGAUGGCGCUUCCUCCCGUUCGCCACUUGGAAUCACGUGGAUCCACUUCCGGAGCACGAAGGGAUCAUUCCGGAGUGGUUCACCAACUACACGGCUUAUCCGCAUCGGCGUGGACCCGGCUGCUGUUCCCACACGGCAGUGUCCUUCCAUUACGUGAGGCCGGAGGAGUUGUACGAGUACGACUACCUCAUCUACAAGCUCCGGCCGUACGGCGUGGCCCCCUGUUUUCGCGGGACCGGAGCGGCGUAG